GAGAGAGAGAGAAUGAGAAUCUCGGCAUCCCCGCUGGUUCUUUCCUGCGCGUGCUCAGCAUUUUGCUCGGCGCGGGGGAAACACGGCGAGAGAGAGAGAGAGAGAGAGAGAGAGCUGUAGUCCUCAUCAUUCAUGCAGCUGAGACUCGGCGGCUUCUCACGGUAAUGACGCGGGAAAUCACGGCGCUCGCGUGCGCUCGAUCCUCCUGCUGCGGGAUGACGGAGUGAAGGAGGCGGAAGCUCUGUUGCUCGCGCGCGCGGCGCAAUAAACCACCACCACCAUGCAGCUACCGAUCGCAGCGCUGUGCCUCGCGCUCGCUUUGGCGGCCACCGGCGCCGCAUCGGAAGCUUCAGAGGAGUUGUCUUUAGCCGAACUGGAGGACAUGCUGUUGAGGAAACUUUUUCAUGGUUAUCAGAAGUGGGUGAGACCAGUCCUGCACUCCAACGACUCCAUCACCGUCCGCUUCGGCCUCAAGAUCUCACAGCUGGUGGACGUGGAUGAAAAGAACCAGCUCAUGACUACUAAUGUCUGGUUGUGGCAGGAGUGGACGGACUAUAAGCUGAGCUGGAACCCGGAGAAUUACGGGGGAAUUACGUCCAUCCGUGUGCCCUCGGAGACCAUCUGGCUGCCUGACAUUGUCCUCUAUGAAAAUGCUGAUGGACGUUUCGAGGGCUCACUGAUGACCAAAGCAAUCGUCAAAUACAACGGUACAGUGACAUGGACUCCUCCAGCUAGCUACAAGUCGUCCUGCACUAUGGACGUCACCUUCUUCCCUUUCGACCGGCAGAACUGUUCAAUGAAGUUCGGUUCCUGGACAUACGACGGCGCCAUGGUGGAUCUGACCCUGAUCGACCCCCACGUGGACCGCAAGGACUUUUUCGACAACGGUGAGUGGGAGAUCCUGGACGCCAGCGGACAGCGAGGGAGUCGGCGCGAUGGAAUCUACUCCUAUCCGUUCAUCACUUACUCCUUCAUCCUGAAGCGGCUGCCUUUGUUCUACACGCUCUUCCUGAUCAUCCCGUGCCUGGGCCUGUCCUUCCUCACCGUGCUGGUUUUCUAUCUCCCGUCGGACGAAGGCGAGAAGCUCUCGCUGUCCACGUCCGUGCUGGUCUCACUCACCGUCUUCCUCCUGGUCAUCGAGGAGAUCAUCCCUUCCUCGUCCAAGGUGAUCCCGCUCAUCGGCGAGUACCUGCUCUUCAUCAUGAUCUUCGUCACCUUCUCCAUCAUCGUCACCGUCUUCGUCAUCAAUGUGCACCACCGCUCCUCGGCCACCUACCACCCCAUGGCGCCAUGGGUCAGGAGGCUCUUCCUGCAGAGCUUACCCAGAAUGCUGUGCAUGCGUGGCCACACUGAUCGCUACCUCUAUGCCGACAUGGAGCCACACCGGAGUCCGGAGCUGAAGCGCGGGAUGAAGAAGGGGACGAAGAAGUGUGCGGGAGGAAAGGAGGACGAGUCCUGGGUGGCCAUGCUGGAGAAGGCCACCAGCUCAGUGCGCUACAUAUCCAGACACAUCAGGAAGGAGCAUUUCAUCAGAGAGGUGGUUCAGGACUGGAAGUUCGUGGCUCAGGUGCUGGACCGGAUCUUCCUGUGGGUCUUCCUCACCGUGUCUGUAGUCGGCACCAUCCUCAUCUUCACUCCGGCGCUGAACAUGUACCUCAGCAGCGCUUCCUAAAAACCCUCUCAACACACACAGGGGGAAAAAAAGACACUUCAUAAUAAUGUAAACCAAGCAUUCUUUCAAAUCGUUCAGAUCAGACCUCAGAUAUUUACAAAAAUAUACAUCAUGUAACACAACCAAGUCGACACAAUCUCCAAAAUCAUUUGACAAAACAUCACUGUCGAAUUCUCGAAUCCGAUUGGUCGGAAAGCGGCGAUUUAUUUUCAACAACAGCGCGCAUUCUGAGGCGUUAUUGUUUCUAUAGGAAACAGCUCGAUCACGCUUGUUAACCCACGGAUUAGAAUAAAAUCAAGGCUUGGAUGCUUACUUAUCAUUUAUGGAAGGAGUCACCAGUGUCAGUGCUUUGCUUCAAGACUGCUGGAAAGUAACCAGUCCUAGGCCGGUAGCUCCGCCCACUUUGCAUCACAUCAAAUGUGAUCGAUUGUUGUGAAGUGUUUAAUUCCUCUAAUAACAAAGCUAUUUUCCAUUGUUCUGGGUUGUUUUCUUUCAUAAACAUACCUUUAAUCUGCAAAAAUGAAUUCAGCACACCCUUUACACACCCUCACCAAAAUCUAUAUUAUUCCUUUAUGCAAAAAAAUAGCCAUAUUAGAUUCUUUCAGGAACGCUUAACAGAUACUACAGUGCGUAGAGGAUCGUGGAAAGACACGGAUAAUGUGUGUAUGUGUUUGUUAUGAUGACGAAAUAUUAGCCACGCCUCCUCAUAUUUAUUCAUUUCCAUGUCUAAUGCGUUUCCUUGUACAGUGUUUUAUAUGUGUUAUAUAUGAUUUCGUUAUAUCAUACAAACCUGCAGACUCUCCAUAUCUAUCUAUCUAUCUAUCUAUCUAUAUAUAUAUAUAUAUAUAUAUAUAUAUAUAUAUAAAUCAUGUAUUUAUUUAAUAUGGCAUCGAGAAAACUUUCUUUUGCCUCGUUCUCUGUCCGUCAGUACACUUUGUGUCGGUCAGAUUUACGUUGACGUCGUCUACGUUAACGUGUGUGUGUUUAUGUAAACCGAAUGCUUAAAAGUCUUGACUUUUUCUAUGUUGAAUGACCCAAAUAAAAAAAAACUCAGCUCAAGAAAUCAAAUAAAUGACAACGUUUAGCUGC